AUGCACAACAGAUAUAUCAAGAAUUAUGAUGAUUAUAAUAAUCAAAUACAAAGUGUGACAAAUAAGUUGGCUAGAGCAACUAGGGAAUCAGAAGAAUUGUAUAAGAUCCGUUUGACUUGUUCCCUAGAUUGUACUAGAUAUCUCAUAGCACAAGGCAUUUCUUUUCGUGGCCAUGACGAAACCUCUAAUUCUCAAAACAAGGGAAAUUUUAGAGAGAUGAUAGAUUGGAUAAAAUCAAAUAAUGAACAAGGGAGAGAUGCUUUUGACCGUGGUGGAAAAAUUUGCAAAAUGACUUCCAGUGACAUUCAAAAGGAGCUUGCAACGUGUUGUGCACAUGAAGUUAUGAAGGUGAAUAUGGAAGAGCUUGGUGAUAAACAAUUCUCUGUGCUUAUUGAUGAGUCACGUGAUAUAUCCAUCAAAGAGCAAAUGGCAGUGAUGUUGAGAUGGUUGUGUAGUGCUGAGAUGGCAGGAGGUCGUGAUGAUGCGGCGAUUGCACAAGCUUUGGCAGCUAUGGCUCAGGUGUUGGCUCAAUCGAAUGAGCAAGCGGCGAUUGGUCGACGGAAUGAGGGAGAAGCUGAGGAGCGGAGGCUUGAUCGUUUCUUGCGAAACAAUCCACCUACGUUCAAGGGAAGGUUCGACCCGGAUGGAGCUCAGACAUGGUUGCAAGGCAUGGAGAGGAUCUUUCGUGAGCGUUACAAAGGGUAUGAUGGGGCUUCAAAUAUGAGAGGUGAAUUUAAUGGUUUGCAAAGAAAGAUCCUAGAUGAAAACCCUUAUGCUUUCUAUGUCCAUUGUUAUGCUCAUCGCUUGCAAUUGGUGAUUGUGUCCGUUGCUAGUAGUUGCUCAUCUAUUAAUGAUUUCUUUGAGUACAUCUCCUUGAUUGUAACAACAUCAAGUGCAUCUUGCAAGAGAAGGGAUGCUUUGACGGAGGCACAACACCAAGAUAUUUUGAGUAGACUUGCGACUGGUGAGAUAUCUAUAGGAAGAGCCUUGCACCAAUCAUCUAGUCUCGCUAAACCCGGGGAUACUAGAUGGGGUUCACAUCAUACUACCUUGCUUCGUUUGGAUCAGAUGUGGUCCUCCGUGUUAGUGAUAAUGUUAAAGUUGUUUGGUAUCACAAACGAGCUUUCAAAAAUCUUACAAAGAAAAGAUCUUAAUAUUGUGCUUGCCAUGGAUUUAAUUAAUGUUGUCAAAGUUCGGUUGGCCACAUUGAGAGAUAGUGGUUGGGAUAAUUUAUUUUUGGAUGUACAAGAAUUUUGUGUUGCUAAAGGUAUUCCGGUGCCAAAUAUGGAUGAUGAAAUACUGAACUCUUUCUCCAAGUUUGAUGUUGAUAAGCUUGCUCGUCUUGCUGAUAUUUAUCAUUCUGACUUUUCUGAUGAUGACCGUGGAACAAUAAGGGAGCAACUUAACACUUAUGUACUUCAAGUGAAAAGACAUGCUUCUUUUUCUUCUUGUGAAGAUGUUCAAAGUUUGGCUAUGAAGAUGGUUCAAACUGAGAAACAUCUGGCAUUUUUAUUGGUCUACAAAUUAAUUGAGUUGGCUUUGAUAUUGCCGGUGUCGACUGCAUCCGUUGAAAGAGUUUUUUCAGCAAUGAAGAUUAUCAAGACUAAAUUGCGCAACAAGAUCAACAAUGAGUGGUUCAAUGACUUGAUGAUAUGUUACAUCGAGCGGGAUAUAUUCAAGUCACUUGAUGACAUUGAUAUUAUUCGAACAUUCACCGCAAAGAGGUCUCGGAAAUGGCAUUUACCACCUAAUUUUAUUUAG